AUGAUUGAUGAAAAUACGCCACUGGCUGAGCGUCAGUCAUGUUUGAAUUACAGUGCUACCCCUAAACAGGAUGCAGAAGCGGCAAAGGAAGAGGUCCCUAUCGACCGCGUGUUUGUUUCCAUUGCUUUGCUAGGAAUGUUUUUCGCAGCAGCAGAUGACUCUUUUGUCUUAGCUACACACGGUGAAAUUGCGACCGACUUCAAACAACUUGCGUUGGGGCCCUGGAUUGUUUCAGCCUAUAAUCUUGGAUUCAUUACUACCCUGCCAUUGUACGGAAAGCUCAGUGAUGCAUAUGGGUACAAGUUGGUACUACUUGUAGCCUAUCUGAUGUUCUCGUUCGGUUGUAUUAUCAGCGGCACUGCGCCCUCAAUCUGGGUUGUCAUUGGAGGCAGAUUCAUCGCUGGCGUUGGAGCUUCGGGCAUGACAGAUCUCGUCAGCCUGAUCAUCAAUGAUCUGGCCCCGCCGAGACAAGUUGUAAUGUUGCGAAGUUAUUUUGGAAUGGCAUUCCCUAUCGGAAUCAGCAGUGGAACCGGCCUUGGUGGAAUGCUUUUGGACGCCGUCGGCUGGAGAUGGUCCUUCCUCGUCCAGGUCCCUUUCGGGCUACUCUGCUUUUUUAUUGCCAUGUGGAGACUUCCAGCACCAAAUGACUCAAGCAAAACGCAACAUGAAAUCAACAAUACUGGCAGUCGUGAACUAAAUCUGUUUGGUGUAUUCUCAUUAGGAAUCUCUGUCGCCGCAUUAACGAUACUGUGCCAUUCAAUCGGAGAUGGUAUUGCAAUCACUGUUCCUUUGGUGGUGGCAAUUUUAUCUGCUGUGGUGUACGGAUGGAAUGAAAAGUUUUGGACCAAAGUUCCGCUGGUGUCUUGGGAUGUUGUCAAGCACAACGGGAUUUGGGCGAUAUAUGCGAUACAGUUUUUUACUUCCUUUGCCGCCUUUGGUCUUCUCGCCAAUAUCAGCGAGUUUUUCACGCGAACUAUAAAUGCUACGGCUUCGUUUAGUGGAGCCACCUUCACCAUUGUAACCGUUGGCAGUAUUGUUGGAUCCGCUGUUUGGGGGUUCAUGAUACGACGCACUGGCAACUAUAAGGCAUUGGCAUUAACAUCCUGCACUAUCAAUAUCAUUGGUUUUGGUCUGCUUAUGGUUCGAUGGUCUGAAGGACCCAAGCUGUGGGAACUGGCAUACCUGGCGAUCCAUGCCAUCGGCCAUACGGGGCUUAUUACGACCCUAUUUGUUGCGAUAUCAGUGGCAGCUCCCAAAGAUUCCGGUGCCGGGCCAAUAACUACCUACUAUUUGGCUCAGCAGAUAGGAAUGGUAGUAGGCGUAACUGCCACGUCAGUAUUUACACGGAAUGUGUUCAGAAGUAAUCUCCUCGAGAGCCUCGCCAUGGAGCCGAAUGCACAGGAGAUUAUUGAAAAUAUUUUAAGGGAAAGUCGAUUUGCAUUUACACACCUGUCUGACAGACUUCAAGUGGCUGUCGCCAACAGUUACAUGCACGCAUUUGCUGCUACGCCGGGGCUCUGUGUCGCCUGCAUGUUGCUCGUUAUUCCCGCUCUUAUUUGUAUGCCACAGCUCUCCCUAGACUGA